AUGCAUGACAGGAAGAAGGAGUUGAUUAAGUACAAGGGGCUACAGGUCGCGCCGGCGGAGUUGGAAGCUGUGCUGCUUAGCCACCCGCUGGUCCUGGAUGCUGCAGUUAUUGGGGUGCUGACGGAUGAUGGGACAAAUGAGGUGCCAAGAGCAUACGUUGUCGCUGAUAAGAGUAAGAUUGCGUCGGAAAAAAUUGUUGAAUUCGUCAAAGGGAAGGUUGCUGGGCAUAAACAGCUGAGAGGAGGUGUUGUAUUCUUAGACGAGGUCCCGAAAAGUCCCGCGGGGAAGAUACUUAGAAAGGAUCUGAGGGCUCUCGCUGCGAAGGAGAGGGGUGCGAAGCUGUAG